UUCAUUCAUUGUCAGCAGCAGCUUCCUGGAGCCAUUUUUCAGCUGCCGGCCGCAGCACCGGGGCUGCCGCCGCCUCCUCGCAAUCCGUUGCAUCGGCCGCCCCCGCCGCCUUCAUCCCCCCUCACGGUCCGAUAUCUGUGCUGCCGAGACCCUCCUCUCUCCGGAGCCCUGAUUAUUUUUGGCCCCGGGGGCCCGUGCAUUGCGGAGAAAUAAAAAGAAAAAAAGAGAGAAAGGGGGCUUGGAAGAGCCCCGGCGGGGAGGAGAGAAGGCGGAGGAGAGACCGGGAAACUCCGACUGAAAAUAAUAAAGAAAUUGAAAAAAAAAACCAUUAUAAAUAAUUAGAGCAAUAAAAAAGAGCACGCGCAAGAGAUGAGAAAGGGGAUCCAACCCGCCCUGGAGCAGUUCCUGGUGACCGCCGGGGGUGGGGAGGGGGCGGCCGCCGUCGCCGCCGCCGCUGCCGCCGCCGCUGCUGCAGCCUCCAUGGACAAAAGGGCACUGCUGGCCAGCCCGGGCUUCCCCGCCACCGCCGCCCCCGGCACUUACAUCCAGAUCCUCACCACGAACACUACCACCACCUCCUCCUGUUCCUCCUCCCUUCAAAGUGGGGGUGCUGCCGCCGGCCCCCAGCACACUCACAUCCCCGGCGUGGAGCAGACCGCCAGCAGCCUCCUCUACUCCACCCCGCACGGACCCUCCAGCCGAGCCGGGCUGCUGCAACAGCAACCAGCCUUAGGACGAGGCGGCGGUGGCGGCCCUCCGGCAAAGCGAAGGUUGGAGCUAGGAGAAAGUGGUCAUCAGUUUCUCUCAGAUGGUCUAAAAACCCCCAAAGGCAAAGGAAGAGCUGCAGUAAGAAGUCCAGAUAGUCCAAAAACUCCAAAAUCUCCCUCAGAAAAAACACGGUAUGAUACGUCACUUGGUCUGCUCACCAAGAAGUUCAUUCAGCUAUUGAGCCAAUCCCCAGAUGGGGUCUUGGAUUUGAACAAGGCAGCCGAAGUGCUUAAGGUGCAAAAGAGGAGGAUUUAUGAUAUCACCAAUGUGCUGGAAGGCAUCCACCUCAUUAAGAAGAAAUCUAAAAACAACGUACAGUGGAUGGGCUGCAGUCUCUCUGAUGAUGGGGGCAUGCUGGCUCAGUGUCAAGGUUUGUCAAAGGAAGUGACGGAGCUUAGUCAGGAAGAGAAGAAGCUAGAUGAGCUAAUUCAAAGCUGCACCCUGGACCUUAAGCUGUUAACAGAAGAUUCAGAAAAUCAAAAAUUAGCUUAUGUUACAUAUCAAGAUAUCCGAAAAAUUAGUGGCCUUAAAGACCAAACUGUUAUAGUUGUGAAAGCCCCUCCAGAAACAAGACUUGAAGUGCCUGAUCCCUUAGAGAGCCUACAAAUACAUUUAUCAAGUAACCAAGGACCUAUUGAAGUUUACCUGUGUCCAGAAGAGAAUGAAACACACAGUCCAGUAAAAUCCUACAACCAAGACCACAAUGGGAAUAUUCCCAAAUCCAGUUCCAAAGACUUGGCCUCAACCAACUCAGGACAUGCUGAUUGCUCCAUUUCUAUGGCAAACCUUUCUCCCUUGGCUUCUCCAACUAAUCUGCUCCAGCAGACUGAGGACCAAAUUCCUUCAAACCUAGAAGGACCAUUUGUGAACUUAUUGCCUCCCUUGAUCCAAGAAGACUACCUACUCAGCCUUGGAGAAGAAGAAGGCAUCAGUGAUCUCUUUGAUGCUUAUGAUUUAGAAAAACUUCCAUUGGUGGAGGACUUUAUGUGCAGUUGAUUGUUUUGUGUGAAUUCUCUCUAUUAUAUAAACCAAUAUUUUUUUAUCAUGGAACUAGAACAUCUGUCCUUCAGUGUUGUCCCUUGCCACCUUCUUCCUCCAAGAAUAUUAUCACGAAGUAAACUACAACUUCACAACAAAGCUGACAUUUUACUAUGUUUUUUUCUAAAUAUUGAAUAAACGCACAGUGGCAGGCUCCUUUGGGAAAGCCUUGCUUUGCCCUAGGCUCCAAAAUCUCGUGGAUGAAACAGCAGGUGGGAACGUGUGCAAUCAGGUAGCUGUACCUUGCCCUCUCUCCUGCCUGCCCGCCCUCCUUUUCCAGGUGGCCUCUGUGCCUGAUGGACAGGCUGGUGGAGAAGGGCCUGAACCACGUGGUCCACUUGCAAACAGCAAUCUUCCUUAAUAGCAUUUCAAGCCGUGCCUUCUUUGUAGAAUGCAUGUCUUUGGGGGUCUGCUAAUAUGGAAUGGAACUGCAGGAAGCAUAAACUUGAAGUCAUGCAAAAGUAUGAAAUGGAUUUCUUCAGCUCUUCCUAGGAAUAUUUAAAUUGUGGUCCUAACUUGAUUUAAGCUAUGUACUAUUUGUUUGGUAUGAGGUAAGAAAUACUAAUGCCCUUUUAUGCCUUUGGUUUGGAGUAUUCCAUAUAUGUUGCAAAUAUAGAUGAAAUGUAUUCAAUUUCUGCCACUUCAAGCAAUUGUGGAUUUUCAGGUGCUCCCAUAAAAAUCCCCCAUUUUAUUUGUAUCUUUAAAGUUUAUUUGUAGCACAUGGCCACUUAGAAAUCCUUGGUGGUUUUGUUUUUUUUUUUUUAACUUUUUUUUUCUGUUUGUUUAAGCAUUUAAGCCUUCCUGUGGCACCCAUCACCAUUUCAAUUUAAUUGUUUACUUUGAAGCAGUUUCUACUAAUUUAAGAACUGCUGCUGCUGAGCAAAGUUUCUAAACCUGUGUGAUCCCAGUGCUGUAUAGGCCUCGUUUCACAUUGGUCCUUUCUCUAUGGAAUGGAGGACCAGGGGUGAAUCAGUAUUGGACACUAAUGCCUUGGGCCACCUGCCGAAAGGGAGUCCCACAUUCAUGGAUACAGCAGUUCUAAGUAGAGAGGUUGGGAUGAACUGCUUCAUUUGGGGGCCUUUUGUCUGCCAAUGACCACAGGAAAGGGCUCUCUUGUAUCACACUCAGGGACACCACUCCUAGGGAUGGGGUCAGGAAAAGACCUCUAGGAAGAAUGAUGUUCCCAUCCCAGGAAGCCGAACAAUAUUUACUUUAGCUAGUAAGUAAUCACAAAAGGUAUUUGGUCCAGCAAUAGCUCUGGGCCAAAUCCUAUUCCCUCUUACUUGUAAGGGAGUAUUAUGGAUUGAAAGGUGUCAAGGCAAAUAAGGCAGUAUUAGUUAAGGUGUGGUAGAAUUCUUCCUAUUUAUUCUCAGGGAAUGGUGUCCAAG